GCUACCAUUUAUAUCGCACUUACUAUAUACCAGGCUAAGCACUUUACAGUUAUUCUCUCAUUUCAUCCUCUCUAUAAGUCUCACCCUGAGAGGAAGAACAUCCAUCCAUACUCCUCCUCACAACACUGCAGAGGUUGGGGGUCUACAUGUGUGGAACAUCACAUAUCCUGUCAGAAUCAGUUUAUGUGUUGGCUGGUUUUGUCAAACUGUUCUCUCUCCUCCUUCUUUUUCACAAGGGAGGCUUGGAUAAGGAAGAAGGGAGGGAUACAUUUGAAAAUGAUGGUGAUAUCAAUCCAGAAGAUAAGAAUAAAACAUUUUAAGUUAUUUACAGAGGAAGCAUGGAGAGAGGAAAGGAGCUAGCUCGCAGGAAGGCGGGGAAAGGGAAAGUUAGGUGUGUCCUCCUUCAGAUCGACAACCUGCGCUGGGAGGGCGUCCCCUUCAUCCUGAUGUCUGGUAAAGCCCUGGAUGAAAGGGUGGGCUACGUCCGGAUCAUAUUCAAAAACCGGGCAUACUGUGCCCAGAGCGAGAGCCAUCGGGACUCGGGGAAGAGCCAGUGCCAGCCGAGACAGAUCAUCUUCUAUAUUGGGCACGGAACUCUGGGCAGCCCUGCAGUGCUGGUCAGUAGGAACCUGUUUAAGCCCUCGCUGCCCCUUGGGAGCUGGCAGGAGAUCCAGGAAAUGCCCGAGCUCCACCUCUUCGGUCAGCGGCUGGCCGAUUAUUAUGCCUACCGCCCCAGCCUGGAGAGGGAUGCCUACUCUGUUCUGAUCUCCCACAUCUUCCACCAAAAGAAGAAUUCUUUCAUCACAACCGAGAACCUGCUGGCCUCCUGGGACGUGUGGACCCCACUGCUGGACAGCAUCGCCCAGGAGGUGCCCCGGCUGUACCCCGGGGGGACUGGCAAUGAGCACCUGCUGGAUUUUGAGCAGGAGGGCAACCAGGUGGUCUUUGUGCAGCGGGAGGUGGAAGAGCUGGUGUCCAACCCCAGCUCUGCGCCGUUGCCUAGCGACUUCCGCGUCCUCAAGGCCAAGUUCCGACAGAGCCCGCUGGUCUCAGCUUGGCCCGAGGAGCUGAUCGCCCGGCUGGCGUCUGACAUCGAAGUGGCGGCCGAGCGGGCCGUGAGACGCUCUGGGGAAUUCCACCUGGCCCUUUCAGGGGGUGCCAGCCCCGUGGCCCUCUUUCAGAGGCUGGCCACGUGGCACUACAACUUCCCUUGGGACCACACUCACCUGUGGCUGGUGGAUGAGCGAUGUGUCCCGCUGACCGACCCCGAGUCCAACUUCCAGGGCCUGCACGUCCACCUUCUCCAGCACAUCCGAGUGCCUUAUUGCAACAUCCACCCCAUGCCUGUCCACUUGCACCGGAGGCUGUGCGUGGAAGAGGACCAAGGAGCCGAGCUCUAUGCCAAGGAGAUCUCGGCCCUUGUGACCAACAGCAGCUUUGACCUGGUGCUCCUGGGCCUUGGAACCGAUGGGCACACAGCCUCCCUCUUUCCUCACUCACCCAGUGGCCUGGAAGGAGAGAAGCUGGUGGUCCUCACCGAGAGCCCGGCCAAGCCUCACCAGCGCAUGAGCCUCAGCCUCUCCCUCAUCAACCGGGCCAAGAAGGUAGCCGUCCUGGUGAUGGGCAAAAGGAAGAAGGACAUUGCCCUCCAGGUGAGCCGGGUAGGCCACGAGCCCAAGAAGUGGCCCAUUUCUGGGGUCCUCCCUACUUCUGGCCAGCUCGUCUGGUACAUGGACUAUGAUGCUUUUUUGGGCUGA